AUAGUGCCUGUGCCUGACAGCAAUGAUGGAGCUCUACCAAGUCUCCUCUAAGCACCUUGAUGGCUGGAUUGCUGAAAACCUGCAGCCCAGCAGGGAAUUUCGCAAUAAUGUUCAAGAGGUUGUUGACAGAAUUUGCACUUUCCUGAAAGAGCGGUGUACCAUGGAUGCUAGGGUGAUCAAAACGGUAAAGGGUGGCUCUGCAGCAAAGGGGACAGCUCUGGAUGACAAUUCAGAUGCUGAUCUGGUUAUCUUCCUCAACUGCUUCUCCAGCUACAAGGAUCAGGCAGAGAAGCGCGCGUCUGUGAUCAGCACCAUUGAGAAGAAUCUGCGCUACUACUGCCAGAGUAUUGCCUACAAAGUUGAAGUACUUCCCCCAAAGUCAAUGGGCAGACCACCACGUUCACUCUCACUCACCAUCCAAUCAAGAAAGAAGAAGGAAUCUGUUGAGGUGGACAUCCUGCCAGCAUAUGAUGUGUUAGGACAAAUAACAUCAACAUUCAAGCCAAGUCCCAGGGUCUAUAGAGAUCUGAUCCAGGCUAAGGGUGACCCUGGUGAGUUCAAUACUUGCUUCACCGAGCUGCAGAGGAAUUUUGUGAAGCGCUGUCCAGCUAAACUCAAGAAUUUGCUGCGGCUGGUCAAGUACUGGUAUAAGAAAUGCAAAGAGCAUCUCAAAGAAAGGAACCCAUCAUCCUCUCUACCCUACAAGUUUGCCCUGGAGCUGUUGACCAUCUAUGCUUGGGAGGAAGGGACAUGCAGGGCAGAGCAAUUCAACACCGCAGAAGGGUUUUGCACAGUGAUGCAAUUGUUGGUUCAUUUUCAAGAUCUCUGCCUCUAUUGGACGGAGUAUUACAGUCUUGAGGACUCCAUCAUAGGGCCAUAUGUGAAAGAAAAACUGAGGGGACCACGUCCUGUGAUCAUGGAUCCUGCAGAUCCAACUGGAGAUGUAGCCAAGGGAAAAGGUUGGGAUCUUUUGGCCAAGGAAGCUUCCAUCUGCCUGAAACAGUUCUGCUGUAAGAAAGUCAGUGGUGAGCCUAUUCAGCCCUGGGAUUUGAAGCCAGCCAGAACCAUUCUGGUGGAGGUGGAGAAUGAGCAGACAGGAGCACGUCAGGUUAUAUUAUGCAGUCCUUACUAUACCAUCUGGCAGAUCAAAGAGGAGAUGAAAAAAGAGGGAUCCGUCUCUGCUUGUGACCAGGACCUGGUUCUGCAGGAACCUGACCAAAACACCAUAGUCCUGCAAGAUGACAAGAAAUUAGCAGAUUAUGGUGUGUUCUACAAUACCACUACCCUGCAACUGCUCCCUAAACCACAGGCAAUGUGUGUAUGCUUGUGAAUAAAAAGCAUCUAACAUAUUGAUAAAGGGCUAGAUAAUGGAAAUGCAUUUGCCUAUCUGCUUCCCCCCCGCCCCGCGCUUUGAACUAACAAUGUCUGGGCCUCCAGACACGUAUCUCCAAGGUGACCUUUUGCACUGAAGAAGUAUCAUACAGUUUGACAGCACUUCCAACCUCUCUUUUUCUUUGCAUAAUAUACAUUAGCACUGUUUAUUUUGCUUCAAAUUACAUUUGUUGAUGAACCAAACUCUACCACAUAAAGCGAAGAUCAGAAAAUACAAUAUGAAAUUUACAAGAAAAGUCAAAAGAUCUCAGUCAUACCAUAGAUAUGUCCACACCAACUUAAUGAAAACUCAACCACAUACAUUGGUAUUCAUGAAUAUUUUUUAGAGAUUACAUUUAAUAGAAUAUAAACACAUGUUGCAGACUAUGGCCAUAUGUGCUGUUCCAAUAUUCUACACUACUCAGAAAUAACUCAUCAAAAGUUGACAUGGCAUACAUUCCUUCAUGUACUUGGGCAUUUCUCUGCUUCUACUGUGUACCAGACUUUUUUAUUAUCAAAUAUUAUGGGUGGUAGUCAAUGCUAGUCUUACUCAGAGCAGACCCAUUGAAGCUAAAAGACAUGUCUAACUUAAGUUCAUAUAUUUUAGUGAGUCUACUCUGAAUAUGACUUAGUUGAACAAAACUAUGUUUUUGAAUACAUUCCAAUUGUACACUGGAAAUCAAAUGUAAUCAAAUCAAAUCCUGCUCUUAAUAGAUUUGUUUGAAAUAACCUUUCUUGUACAUCCAGGCCUGGAAAG